UCAACACAGCCGUGCUGUAGUUUUAUUUUUUAGGGCACUAAGCCAUAAUUAUUUUUCAGAACAUAUUUUUUACAUAAAUAAUUAAGAAACCUAAUUGAAAUAUAACAGUACGGGAAGCAAAAGAAUAGUGUCAAUAGUGCAACAAAACGGCGCGGAUAGGGCACAGGUCUAUUUCGUAAACUAAAGUAAAAAGCGUUUUGGGAUAGCCUAGCAUUACUUUUUAUAGAAUCUAGAUCUAGAUCAAGAUCUAAAUAUGUCAACAAGAAACAAGUUAAAAGUCGAACAGGAACUCUCAGGGAUCCAACACUACUCAAGCAUAAGCACGGCGACAUCAACUUUUAGCAGAAUGUCUAGUGAUAGAAUUCCAUUAUUUCCUAAGGCAAAGUCCUUGUUUGUUCACAGUGGAAAUAUAAUUAAUUGGAAUCGACUAAAGAGAAAGCCAAAUCAAAAUUCAACAGAGGAGAUAUGUGACUGCAUCUCCAAUACUCUUGGGGAGUAUUUGGAGUCAGCUGAUAAAACUCAACUUCAAUAUGUAAAGGAGCUUUACACAAAAAACUCAGAAAAUAUUAAAGUCUUAGAGCAAGAUGAACGAGAGGAUGUCAAAAUUACUGUUAAAGUGUUUAUCUGUGGAGACCAGCCAAGUUCUGUUAUAAAUGAAACAGUGGAUAAAGUUCUUAAUGAACUUAAUACAAACUUUGUGGAGACUCUACUGCUGUCAGUUUCACCCAGUGUAGAUGAGGAGGAUGACCAGUCUGUGAGCUUGAAAACUUUACAGCCAUACUGGGAGGCUAUGGAGGAGUUGGUUGCUUCAGACAAAGUUCUUUCCCUUGGUAUUUGUGAUCUCAAUAAAGAGUCAUUGGAAGAUCUUUAUAAUUGGGCAAAGGUAAAACCUAGCAUUGACCAAGUUAAUCUGGAGUCCUGUUGUGUGAUGCCUCAAGAUUUGACAGAAUAUGCCAAGUCUGUCAAUGUACAGUUGCUAACACACAAUGAUAAGCCAGUUUUUAUUUCAAGGGCAAAGCUGCAAGAAACAAUACUUGGGGUCUCAACUGAGCGUGAUAGUGAGCUUUGGUCCCCUCAGUGGGUGAUACGGUAUUCUGGUAUCUUGAAGUGUAGGGGCAUCAUCACAAUGAAGUGUUAUAUUUUCCAUGCCAUUAAAGAAAAGAAAAACAGAAUACAGUAAAAGCUAUGCACCAAUUUGAAACUGCUUUAUAUUCUAGUAUAAAGUUAGAAUUUGCACUAAAAAUAAGAAUUCCUUUCUGUAGAUUAUAUACAUAAUUAUUUAUAUUGAUGUACACAUACAUUUAUUUACCUUGCUUUAUUUUUGCAUAGGGAUAUGUUUAAAAAAAUAUUCACCCUUUUAACCUAAUUGUGAUUGUAUUUUACUUUGUAAAUAUUUGCAAAUUUGAAAGAAAUAAGCAACAGUGUUUUUUUGUGCCGAUUAUAAUGUCCUAACACUUACUGUAUAUUUUACUUGUCUAGACAACAUUAUAAAUUCAUUUUAUUGGCAAGUUAAGUAGUGCCUGAAAUAGUUUACAUCAGAUCACUAGAUCAGAACUUAAAUUGACACCCAUGUUAAAAGUGUUAAUAAAUUAUACAUCUUUGUUACACAUUUUAACAUAUUGGGAAACAGAUCAUAUUUACAUUUUAUAAGAUUUCUUGUACUGUUUCAAUUUUUUAAUUAAAAUUAUUAAACAGUGAAUAAAAAAUUACAUUUGUUACAUUUUACUAAAGAUAACAGUGGGAGGGGGUGGGGUGACUAUACCUAUAAGUGCUGUAAAAAUUUUCUUCUCACAUAAUGUAUUGUACUUUUUAAAUAGAUGUUUUAUAAGCCAUGAUAUGUUUAAUACCAUUGGCAAAGAUCUUAUUUUACAUUCUAAUAACUUGUUUACAUGAUUAAAUAAAGUCUUUUGAAUAGAUCUACUUUUAAAUGUGACAAUCAGAUUUUAUAAAAACUGAUUGUUAUAAAGGUGUGAUUAGCUUGUUUUGUGCUUUAUAAUAAUUGCCCACAAAAUAAUGAGAGGGGAAAAUGUUAAGAAAAUUAAAUUACAAUCUGAACUUAAGGACCAAUCUCUUGAGAACAAUAUAGCACAUUAAAACAUACAAGCAUAAAUGAACAGCCAAGGUUUUUUAAAAGAGUGAUUUAGAUAGUUUUAAAAUUUCUUGUACUGGACCAUUGAAAUUAAUAGAAAUUACAUUUAGUUAUUCUUAUGACUGUCAAAAUAUUUAGUUUAUUCUUAUGAUUGUCAAAAUUGAGCCCUUUUUUACUUCAAUCAGGAAAAAGCAUUGUUUUUCUUUAAUAAAUCAAAUAUCAUAAAUAUU